AUGACUACAGCACGAGCCAUUGUUUCGCGAGCGCCGUUGAACGACGGCGGUUGGAAGAUCGAAGAUGUGAAGGUGCGGGACGUGGGCGACGACGAGCUUCUGGUGCGCAUCGUCGCGUCGGGAAUCUGCCACACCGACCUCGUGUUCGGUGGGUUGAAAGAGGGGCCGGGCGUCAUAUACCCCUCGGUGAAGGGGCAUGAAGGCGCCGGAUACGUCGAGAAAGUCGGCAAGAAUGUCUCCGUCGCUGCCCCCGGCGAUCCAGUCCUGCUAUCAUUCACUUUCUGCGAUAGUUGCCAGAUUUGCAAGGACGGCCACCCGGCCCACUGCGUGCGUUUCGGCGAGCUCAAUUUCGGCGGUUGCCCUUGCUUCCAGUCGUCAUCUUCAUCGUCCUCUUCGUCUACCACAACCCCAGACCUCCAGGGCAGCUUCUUCGGCCAAUCUAGCUUCGCCAGCCGUACAGUUGUCAGGUCGACGUCGGUCGUCAACGUUAAGGGGUUGGUGCGAGACGAUGAAGAGCUUAAACUUUUCUCGCCGCUGGGCUGCGGCAUUCAGACGGGCAGCGGGACGGUCGUGAACAUCGCCCAAGCAGGGCCGCAAGACACGGUUACGGUACUGGGGCUGGGCGGUGUUGGGCUGAGCGCCAUCAUGGCCGCCAAGCUCCGUGGCUGCAAGACCAUCAUAGGCAUCGACAAGAUGUCCGACCGCGAAGCCAUCGCACGAGAACUCGGCGCGACGCACUUCAUCGACACGUCCAAGCUCGCCGACCUCAUCGACAUCGUGCCUGCCGUGCUGGACGUGACCGAAGGCUACGGCACCUCCAUCACCGUCGACACGACCGGCUUCCUGCCGCUGAUCCAGCGCGCCAUGGACUUCACUCGCAUCAAGGGCAAGCUCAUCCAGGUCGGCUCCACUCCGUUCGACGCGAAGCUCGACAUCCACAUCUUCCAGUUUAUGGUUGGCGGCAAGCAGUAUAUCGGCGCGGUUGAGGGCGACGUCGUGCCGGCGAAGUAUGUGCCGCAGAUGAUUGAGUGGUACCGUGCAGGCAAGUUCCCUGUGGACAAGCUGGUCAAGUUCUACAAGGCGGAUGAGUGGGAGAAGGCGGUGGAUGAUAUGCAUCAUGGCCAUACUGUUAAGGCGGUGAUUACGUGGUAA